GUGCUUUGCGCGGCCGCGGUCAGCUGAUCGGAGCUGAGAGACGUGGUGUGUGUGUGGUGGGAGGGGGUGGACGCGGAGGUGACGGUUCCAGAAGGUCUGACUCGGUGUCUCGUCUCGAUAUUCUUGAAGAGGAACUCGACGCUGAAGUGGUAUUCUGUGUAACACAUAACUCGAGCUACAAGAAAUAUCCAGACUCAUCAAGAUGGAUUUUGGAAAACUUCCCAAAUUACAAGAUGAAGACGAUGAAAGCAUGGUUGGAUAUGUUCAUGGUGUUUCUGGUCCUGUUGUUACCGCUUCCAAUAUGGCAGGAGCAGCCAUGUAUGAGCUGGUACGUGUAGGUCAUUCUGAAUUGGUUGGUGAGAUUAUCCGCUUGGAGGGCGAAAUGGCUACAAUUCAAGUCUAUGAAGAAACAUCUGGAGUAUCUGUUGGAGAUCCUGUGCUUCGCACAGGGAAGCCUCUUUCUGUGGAAUUGGGGCCUGGCAUCAUGGGAGCAAUUUUUGAUGGUAUCCAGCGACCUUUGAAGGACAUUAAUGACCUGACUCACAGUAUUUAUAUCCCUCGUGGUGUGAAUGUAAAUGCUCUGAGUAAAGAUGUCAAGUGGGACUUUACACCAUCCAAGAAUUUGCGGGUUGGCAGCCAUGUCACUGGUGGAGAUAUAUAUGGUGGUGUGAUAGAAAAUUCUCUUAUUAAGCAUAAGAUCAUGCUUCCUCCGAAAAACCGAGGAACUGUUACAUACAUUGCCCCACCCGGAAACUAUGAUGUCUCCGACGUUGUUUUGGAGCUUGAAUUUGAAGGAGUCCGAGAGAAGUUCACCAUGGUUCAGAUUUGGCCUGUUCGGCAGGUACGGCCAGUAACUGAAAAACUUCCGGCCAAUCACCCUCUUCUGACAGGUCAGCGUGUGUUGGAUGCACUCUUCCCGUGUGUCCAAGGUGGAACCACAGCUAUCCCAGGAGCAUUUGGCUGUGGAAAAACGGUUAUUUCACAGUCCCUCUCAAAGUACUCCAACAGUGAUGUUAUUAUUUAUGUUGGAUGUGGAGAGCGUGGGAAUGAGAUGUCUGAAGUACUGAGAGAUUUUCCAGAGUUGACAAUGGAAGUUGAUGGAAAAGUAGAAAGCAUCAUGAAGAGAACCUCCUUGGUAGCUAAUACCUCCAACAUGCCUGUUGCUGCCAGAGAAGCUUCUAUCUACACAGGUAUUACUCUUUCUGAAUACUUCCGAGAUAUGGGUUACAAUGUUAGCAUGAUGGCAGACUCUACUUCCCGAUGGGCUGAGGCCUUGAGAGAAAUCUCUGGUCGUCUGGCAGAAAUGCCUGCUGACAGUGGUUAUCCUGCUUAUCUGGGCGCUCGUCUAGCCUCCUUUUAUGAGCGUGCAGGUAGAGUCAAAUGCCUGGGAAACCCUGAACGAGAAGGUAGUGUCAGCAUUGUUGGAGCUGUCUCCCCUCCUGGUGGUGAUUUCUCGGAUCCUGUGACAUCUGCUACACUUGGUAUUGUUCAGGUUUUCUGGGGUCUGGACAAGAAACUGGCACAACGUAAGCACUUCCCAUCUGUCAAUUGGCUGAUCAGCUACAGCAAAUACACUCGUGCCUUAGAUGAGUACUAUGACAAGCACUUCGCAGAAUUUGUGCCUUUAAGGACAAAGGCUAAAGAGAUUCUGCAAGAAGAGGAAGAUCUCGCUGAAAUUGUCCAGCUAGUUGGAAAAGCAUCACUGGCAGAGACUGACAAAAUAACUUUAGAGGUAGCUAAGUUGAUAAAAGAUGACUACCUGCAGCAAAAUGGAUAUACUCCUUACGAUAGGUUUUGUCCAUUCUACAAAACUGUUGGCAUGCUGUCAAAUAUGAUUGCUUUCUAUGACAUGGCACGUCAUGCAGUUGAAUCUACAGCUCAAAGUGAUAACAAGAUUACGUGGUCGAUCAUACGUGAACAUAUGGGCGAGAUCCUAUACAAGCUGAGUGCCAUGAAAUUCAAGGACCCAGUGAAAGAUGGAGAAGCAAAAAUCAAGGCAGAUUAUGUUCAGCUUUAUGAGGACAUGCAGACGGCAUUCCGAAGUCUAGAAGAUUAAAAUUUCCCUGAUAUUCUCUGAAGAAUACUUGCAGUGAAAUCCAUUUUGCCCAGUAUUUAUAUCUGUUAUGUUUUCUUACAUUCCUUUUCAACAUUGAACAUGCUUAAAUGUUUUAAUGUAUUAGAUGUACAGUAAUUGGUUCACUAUUCAAACUGAGCAUGAUAGGCCAGGCUUACUGUAGAUGUGUUUGGAGAUUCUAUAAAUAUGGAAUAAACAAGUGUCAGUAUUGCAACGCUACCAUAACUGGUAUUGCACAUCUUCUCAAUUCCUGUAGAGGUGCCUCUUGAACUACAUGUGCAAGGCAACGUUUAGACCAUUGCAGAACCAAAUGUGUCCAUCCAUCUUGUUUUUUUUUAUUGUGAGUACAGGUAAUUAAUUAAUUGUAUAUGUGCACAUUACUCUCUGUAUAAUUAAGCAUUCUUCAGAAGUGUGAUUAAGAGGAAGUUUUAGGCUUCAGAUUGGCUGAAUUCUAAACAUUGAAAUAACCUUGCUUAAUACAAUACAAACUUUAAAUUGAUUAGUAAUAUGGAGAUAUUUCAAUACACCAUAUUUUUCAUCAGUAGCAAGAAGCCAUGGGGGAAUAUCAAUGACAAAAUAUUACAAUAGAGCAGUUAGUAACAAAAAAUCUAAUAAGACCCUAAUUACAUGCUACUUCCCAGUUUUCACCACUACUUAAUUUCUGAAGUGAAAAAAUGUAACGAGUCUUGCAACAAGCUCUUCGUUGUAAUUUUCUUCCCCUUUUCUCCCCACUUCCUCCUGGCAAAUAGUCAUUUCAUUCAUCUAAAAAUAUGUCAGAUUCACUGUUAAGGAUUUAACCUAAAAUUCAGAUUGUUUGAAGUCAAAAUUUGAAAGUUCUAAUUUUGUUCUUUGGCAUCUGACGCUCAUGAUCCAAACAUUCUGCCCUAGUAAUCAGUGAAUCUAAAGGCUUCAUCAGAACUGAUGGUCUACAUGAGUUUAUCAUAAUUGUGCUUUUGAUUGUAUGGGUAUUUGAUUGCUUCUCCUCCAGGUUAUAUUGUAGAUGUUACAUUGGAGAGUUUUGAGCAUUUAAUUUAGUUACAAUUCUUUGCAUUUAUUGCAUGCUGCUUUCUUGUGUGGAGUCUUCACCUGAGUUCUAAGUGUGAAUUGUACAGCAGGAUUGGUAAUAUGAAAUAUUAAUUGGUAACACAAAAAUAAUGGAAAGAUGUCAUUUAUUUUUAUUGAAUGUUUAUAGACCAUGAGUGAAGGAAGCUAGAAUGACAAAAAACAGUCAUGCUACUAAGAAUAAAUGAUGAAUGGUAACCAAGACAAGUGAAGGAAAUGGGGAAAACUAAAUUUAAAAGAGAAAAUUGACAACUUUGAAAGAAAUAAACAGAAAACUAAGUCAAUAGUAAGGAAAGUCUGUGUGAAGGAUUAAAAGGCAAGACUUGGGAUUCGGGUUAUUGUAACUUGUAUCAGAGUUGCUAAUAUUACCUUUUCACAUAUUAGCUGUUGAUCUAGUAACAUGGAAGGUGUAAACAAUGCUUCUAAUUUCAAAAGGGCUUUUCCCUAGUAUCCAUAAUAGGAAGAGGUAACUUGGCCUGUUGUCAAUUCUUUGACAUGAGUGCUAUAUUUUAGUAUUGGUCACUAUUAGGUAUCCUCUUGUCAGUUAUCCUCUUGCUGUAGGAUGAGAAUUUCAUUUGGGAAAAAUCAGUUGUUAUUCAAGUCUUGAUUAUUUGUACUAGAGAGGUGAGAAGAUAAAUAGUUUUGGGGGUGGGAAGAGAAUUUCUCAACUCGCUAUCUUUAUAGAGACUUCAUUGAUGGUAACUAUGUAACUUCCAUAAAUGUGUAAUAAAUUUCUAUAUAUUUAUCAGGGACCUAUUACCUGAUUCCUGCUACUGCUCUCAAAAUAGUCACUCCACUUUACAAUAUAACCUGUGAAAUGCUUUGGGAAGUCCUCCUGCCAUGAAAGACACUAUACCAGAAGGAUUAUUAUCCAGCUCUCAUUUUUGGACAGCUGUUUUAUGUCCUGCCUACGAUCUUAUGGUUUAAUUGGGGUUUCUCAUUAUGAUAUACAGGAGAAGGUUUAGGCUUCAGAAAUGUGAAGAUCAUGAAAUGAUGUACGUAGUUUUGGAUGUAUUCACUAUUUAAUAUUGAGCACAUAAUAACAUGAACUGGGGGCAAUCAUAUGAUUGUAAUGUUUGGUGUAGGGACCGAAAGCAACUUGAUCUGCCGGUUGUGUUUUCCAGUAUAAUUCACGAGUCUUUGUGGUCAUAUAAUUAAUUAAACUGGCAUGAUUAUUGAUCCUUAGCAGAGGAACUUCUAGGAGUUUAUGUAAGACCUGUUCUUACUAAGUCGGACCAAAGAUCUUCAGUUGACCUGCUUUUUUAAAAAGUGUAAUUUCUAGUUGAAAGGUAGGUAGAUUGGGGAGAAAAAAUGAGGGUGGAAAAAGCUGAGAAUGUCUAAAUGAUUGUGCAAUAGUUGUAGUACAUAACAAAGGAGACUUAAAUAAUGUGCAUUUCUUUCUAAACUAGAUUGAUGAUUGUUCACUUUGAACUUUUUAAUUUCCACAAACCAUUUCAUGUGAAUUUCCAUUAAAUGUUAAAUCUAUUUUAUAAAGCAACUGGAAAAAUUAUAGCAUUUCAGACUGCUCUUAAAAAUAAUCAAAAGGAGCUUAGCAUAUUAAAAUAACCUUGUUUUCCAAAGCAAUGGAAAUUUAGAUGUUGCCAAAACGAAUGGACAACUUUGAGAAUGCUGGUCUGCGGUCCAUUGGAUUUACAUGUCUUGAUUGGUCAUUUGGAAAUACGGCUUGUGCUGUUAAAGGAGUGAGGGUUCAUUUAAAUAUCACCAUUUUUUUGGCCAGUUAAUACUUUUAAUUCUGCUUCCUGUUGUGUGAAAGUGAGCAGUCACUGUACAUUGGUCUUCAUUGUAAUACAUUCAUGUCCAAAAGCCUUGUAGUUCAAAAUGUACUAGUGAAAUUUAGAUGUAAUUAAUUUAAUGUUAUAAGCAGAUGACAUUAGAGCAUAUUGGAAAUUAAAGCAUUCAUGCAGCUGUAUUGUGAUUAAUACAAUGCAAUAAUUGAGUUUGUAACUCUUUCAGUGGUUCUGAUGCUACUGUUCAUUGUUGUCCAGUUAAAACAAAAAGAAUUGUGUGUGUGCACACGGAAAGUUGUUUUCAUAUUCAUGUUUGGUCGUUGUGUAAAAAUCCUGGAAAAAUAAAAGUUUACAAAAUUGUGAUGGUA